GAACACACCCGUCUAGGGGAGGGGGGGCGUCUUUUUCUCCCCACACCACAUUUCACUUUUGGGAACUUGUUUUUCUUUAGCUCAUGUACUUAUCUUAUUAAACUCCUUUACGCACAGGUACAUACAUGAGUUGAAACAACACUUUAUCAUCGCGCACGGCGGUAAGAUCUACGGUGCGGUGAAACUAGAGUGUUUUUGGGGGGAAACUAGACGGCUUUACCAAACGUUGGGAUUUGGGAGCGAGUCCCUAUUGUUCAAAUCCCUCCCCCUUCUUGGGAAGAGGGAGGACCCGAAAAGGCGUUGCAAAAGAGAGAAUUGUUUGCAAGCUCAGUCAUCCAAAAACGGCCUUUCAAUGUGAGAACUUGGGGAGCCGAAGAAAAUGUCGGUGGCAUCGCAGUAAAUUACUAAAGCAGUUGCUUUAGAGGGAAAAGAAAAAGUGAAAAGUGUUUUUUCCCGAAAAUUUACUGAAGUAAAAAGCGGAGAAGGAGAUCAAGUGGUGUCGGGAGGAGUGAAUUCCAAAUAAAGCACGUUUUGGGGGUAGUGUAUGGAAGAUGUCUGGAACAGACUGGACUCCGUGGAUGAAAAAGCGAAGGGCGAGAGUGCUGUGUGCUCUGGGUGCUAUGCUACUGUGCUGCCUACAGGGCGGCGCCACUGUCACUGAUGAAGUGCCCGUGUUCACAGAGGAGCCUCUGUCCGUGGUGCAGAAGUUAGGUGGUAGCGUGACCCUGAGGUGCAGCGCCCGACCCCCCUCGGCCAACAUCAGCUGGCGGCUGAACGGGCGUGAGCUGGUUGCCGGGGCUGGCGGGGACCUGGGGGUGGUACUGGAGCCUGGCACGCUGCUCAUCCCAGCCCUCACCAACCUCACCCUGGGCAGGUACCAGUGUGUGGCCAGCACCAAUGCAGGGGGCCUGGCCAGUGUGCCCGCCAACGUCACCGCUGCCAAGCUGCGAGACUUUGAGCAAGACAACCAGCAGGACAUUGAGGUGGAUGAGGGGAACACGGCUGUGAUCCAGUGUCACCUCCCUGAGAGCCAGCCCAAGGCCCAGGUCCGCUACAGUGUCAAACAGGAGUGGCUGGAGACCUCCAAAGGGAACUACCUGAUCAUGCCAUCAGGGAACCUGCAGAUAGCCAACGCCACUCUGGACGACGAGGGGCCCUACAAGUGUGCUGCUUACAACCCUGUCACACAGGAAGUCAAGACCUCCACCUCCACUGACCGCCUGCGCAUACGCCGUUCGACGUCGGAGGCGGCCCGUAUCAUCUACCCCCCAGUGUCUCGCACCAUCAUGGUCACUAAGGGACAGCGUCUGGUCCUGGAGUGUGUGGCCAGCGGCAUCCCGACCCCGCAGGUCACAUGGGCCAAGGACGGUCAGGACCUGCGUUUCCAUAAUAACACGCGCUUCCUGCUCAGCAACCUGCUGAUCGAUGCGGCGGGCGAGGGCGACUCAGGGACGUACAUGUGUCACGCUGACAACGGCAUCGGAUCAGAGAGCGCCGCUACUGUGCUGUACGACGUGCAGGUGUUCGAGCCUGCCCAGGUGACCAUGGAGCUCCAGCAGCAGGAGGUGUCGUGGGGGGAGAGUGUGCGCUUCAGCUGCCUGGCCAGGGGUAAACCCACCCCCUCUGUGGUUUGGCUCCACAACGCCCUCCCCCUGGCCUCGUCACCACGCCACCGCCUGUCUGCCCGCGUGCUGCGUGUCAUCAACGUGGGCCCGCAGGACGACGGCUUGUACCAGUGCAUGGCUGAGAACGGCGUGGGCAGCUCGCAGGCCGCCGCCAGACUGGUCACCUUACCAACCGGUGUUCCGUCACGGUCAGGGAAGCUGCCCUCCAUCCUGCGUCCGCUGAGCCCAGACAAGGUGCUGCGGGAGCAGGUCCCAGUGAAGCCUGGGGCCACGGGUAGCGUGCUGACCCUGGACUGCUCUGAGCUGACUGGGCAGAUCUCUGUGGCAGAGGCCCCUGUCAUCCUCAGCCAGCCCAGGACCGUCAAGGCCGACUUCUAUGAUCUGACCUGGAAACCUCGCCACGAUGGAGGCUCUGCUGUGGUGGAGUACAUCGUCAAGUACAGAAAGAUAGAGGACCCUCCAGGUGAGUGGACCAGCAGCAGUAUCUCUGGGUUUCUCCACAAGCUGACCCUGGCCAAGCUCCAGCCAGCCAGUCUGUACGAGGUGGAGAUGUCUGCUAAGAACUGUGCUGGCCUGGGACAACCGGCCAUGAUGACUUUCAGGACAGGCAAAGGUCGUAGGGGUCCAGGAGGUCAGAACGAACUCCCUAAAACUCCCCCAAUACCAUCACCUCGCCUCUCUCCUCCCGAGGCCCCUGAUAAGCCCACCAUCUCCAUGGCGACCGAGACAUCAGCGUACGUGACAUGGAUCCCCCGCGGUAACCGUGGUUUCCCCAUCCAGUCGUUCAGGGUGGAGUUUAAGAAGCUGAAGGGGAAGGGAGGAGGGGAGUGGGAGGAGGCCGUCACUAACAUCCCCCCCCAGCGACUGUCUGUGGAGAUCACUGGCCUGGAGAAAGGCAUGUCCUAUAAGUUCCGUGUGUUGGCGGUAAAUGUGAUUGGCGCCAGCCCCCCCAGUGCCCCCUCUAAGGCCUACACGGUGGUGGGUGGCGGCAGGCCCAACGAACGCCCUGUAGACGGACCCUACAUCACUUAUAAUGAAGCUAUCAACGAGACCACCAUCAUCCUCAAAUGGACGUACACUGCCGUCAACAACACCCCUGUCUACGGUUUCUACAUCUUCUACCGGCCGACAGACAGUGACAACGACAGUGACUAUAAGAAGGACGUGGUGGAGGGUGAUCGCUACUGGCACUCUAUCACUGACCUGCAGCCUGAGACGGCCUACGACAUCAAGAUGCAGAGCUUCAACGAGGGGGGAGAGAGCGAGUUUGGUAACGUGGUUAUCUUAGAAACUAAAGCUCGUCUGAACCAGCGGCCCUCUCCAUCGGAGGCGUCGUCCCAGAGACCAGAGCACCCCGGGGGGCCUGUGCCCCGCCCCAGCGAUCUCCCCUACCUCAUAGUGGGUGUGGUCCUGGGGGCCCUCGUCUUCAUCAUUGUAGCCUUCAUCCCCUUCUGCCUGUGGAGAUCCUGGGCCAAACAGAAGCAAACAUCAGACCUGUGUUUCCCAGCCGUGGUGCACCCUGUCUCCUCAUGCCAGUAUACCAUGGUGCCUCUGCAGGGCCUGGCUCUGGUUGGCCACUGCCCGCUGGACCCCCAUUUGCCCCCACCACACGCAAUCUACCCCCCUAACAGAGAGUGUACGCCCAAUGGGAAACACCAUUACCCCACACACCGUCUGCCAGGACAACGCCAGGAGGAUGUGGAGUAUGAUAUGGAGUGUGGCACACUGCUAGGACAGACCAUGUCAAACGGACACGUGCCAGUCUACCACUACUCUAACAGUGAACCUGGAGACGGAGGGGACUGCUGUCUGCCCGAUGACUCCACCCUCCAGCUCCUCAACACCUCUGAACAGCCAAUCAGCACUCAGGACCUGACGGGCAAUGCCCAUUUUUACAAUGGGGACAUCAUACGGGAGAAUGACAUCAAUCUAGACCUUCUACCCUGCUCUCCCUCUCCUCUGUUAUCACUGGAGGAGAAGUCCACAUCAACAGCUACAACGCCAGAAUCCCAAGAUGCACUUCCACUCCAGAGCGAAACGGAGACGUCAGACUCAACAGAUGCUUGAAAAACACUCAGAAAAACAUCAAACAAAAAAGUCUUUAUUUUUGUAUCACAGAUAUUUAUAUAUUUAUGCUUUUGUACAUAAACAUUGUUUUGUUAUGCUGUAUAUAAGGAUAUGUUCAUAUUGAAAAAUACAUUUUUCUGUGAUGUUGUAACCCUGCUCUGUGAUGGUAUAUUCAUGUCUGCAUACCUUGAGGAAGGAGGGGGAGUAUCUGAGAUGUGAUUCCAAUCCUGGUGCUGAUUUAAGUCAGGCAGCGCAUUCUGUUGAAGGUUUCAUCUGACUGGCAUGCCACUGUUUCUCUGACUAGGCACCAGCAGCACAUCUACCAGUCUGCUGUAAGUCAUUCCCUGUAGAACUCCUAUGUUCCCCUUGUUUCCAACUCAAACAGACAUCUGGUUAUUAUACGAUCCUGAUAGUCGCAUGUCAGAAAAACAAAAAAAGACCAAUGGACAGGGUUCUGCUGGUCAGUAGAGGAACAGAGAGCAAGCUUUUUGAGGGGCACUACCUCAAUAUGUUCCACUGAAAAUGCAUUUUAUACACCCCCCUCAUGUAUCAAUCGGUUUUGACCCUGUGUUGUAAAUACUCCCUGUUCUGUUCAGUGUUGUCAUAAUGGUACAAGUGUCCGCCGUUUCAUAUAGAAAUAACAGAAAUAUGAAUUUUUCAUCAAAAGUAUUAAAUGUAUGCAACUUAAAAUCAUUCUGCCUUCAGUAGUUUAGAGUACAAAGAGAUAUAUUGUAUAGUUAUUUAUUUUUAGGAGCCUGAUUUUUGUUUUUAAUCACUGAAUGGGAAAGAUUCUGGAAGUUUUGUUACCUAGCCACACACAAGCCGAUUUAAAUUUAGAAUUAAAUGACAGUCUGUUUCUGCUGGUCACUACUCCAAAUGACUGUGCCUUGUGAGGGGGAUCUUUGACAGGUGCGUCAGUAUUAUCCUUCCCUCACACAUUGGUGCAUCAGUAUUAGCCUUCCCUGUGAGGCAUCGGAGAUCAAAAUGAAGGAGUUCCUGAAUCUGUAAUCCAUCUUUGUGAGUAGCUGUUGUCAUGGUUACACAGGCUGGAGCACUAUUGCAUGUAAAUAAAGCUUGUAAUGAAAUCA